GGCGGCAGGUAGGCACAGUGGGCGGGUAGGGCGCCCGUGUCCCGCGCGGUCCGGUCCCGCGGGGUCCCCGACGCCAGGCGGGGCGUGGGGGUGGAACUACCUACCGUAAUGUCCCCGGGCGCAGCUCAGUGGCCGCCCGUGUCCCUCUCUGCUUUUUGCCUAUUUUCCAGCCACCUAAGUUCAAUCUGAAUGCCCAAGUCGUUGAUUAUCGUUUGCCUGUUUCCAAAGAUUGGUAGAUAGAUGCCUUUUUAAAAAUCUCAUUUUUCUUUAAAUCUGGUUUACAUGGAAAACGUUAGGAGAGCUCAUAUAAUGAAGGGCAAUAGCAACCCCCUGUCUUGAAACGCGCUCUAUCAUCCCACUGAAAUUCUACCACGUGGAAUAAUGCUUGGAGGGUCACAGUUGUGGAACUGCCCAAUAACCAGUCGUUAUUGAGGGUUAGUUUGUGAAGGAGGGGACAGACUGGUUCUAAAAUUCUGUUUAAUGACAGUCAAUUAAGAUUUCUGAGUCUGGCUUGAGGGCCUUUGCUUCCAUCACAGCCCAGUCGUCCUUGGCAAGAGAGUCUGUAUAUGGGCCACAGCUCAGAAAAGCAUUGUUUGAAAAAAUUUAUUGAAAGAACAUUGUUUGUAAAAUGAGUCCCAAUACAUAGGACAGACUUUCCUAAGGUGAGAUGUGUUACUUACCCAGAGCUGUGAAAGGCUUUACGGAUGGAAACUAGAGACUGAAUUUUCCAGAAUUUUAAGAAGUCUCCCCAACCAAUGGCCCCCCACUUUCUUUUUUAAACCAAAGGAUGUGUGACCGGAAUGGUGGUCGGCGGCUUCGACAGUGGCUGAUCGAGCAGAUUGACAGUAGCAUGUAUCCAGGACUGAUUUGGGAGAAUGACGAGAAGAGCAUGUUCCGGAUCCCUUGGAAACAUGCUGGCAAGCAAGAUUAUAAUCAGGAAGUGGAUGCCUCCAUUUUUAAGGCCUGGGCAGUUUUUAAAGGGAAGUUUAAAGAAGGGGACAAAGCUGAACCAGCCACUUGGAAGACGAGAUUACGCUGUGCUUUGAAUAAGAGCCCAGAUUUUGAGGAAGUGACGGACCGGUCCCAACUGGACAUUUCCGAGCCAUACAAAGUUUACCGAAUUGUUCCUGAGGAAGAGCAAAAAUGCAAACUAGGCGUGGCAACUGCUGGCUGCGUGAAUGAAGUUACAGAGAUGGAGUGUGGUCGCUCUGAAAUCGACGAGCUGAUCAAGGAGCCUUCUGUGGACGAUUACAUGGGGAUGAUCAAAAGGAGCCCUUCCCCGCCGGAGGCCUGUCGGAGUCAGCUCCUUCCAGACUGGUGGGCGCAGCAGCCCAGCACAGGUGUGCCACUGGUGACGGGGUACACCACCUACGACGCGCACCAUUCAGCGUUCUCCCAGAUGGUGAUCAGCUUCUACUAUGGGGGCAAGCUGGUGGGCCAGGCCACCACCACCUGCCCCGAGGGCUGCCGCCUGUCCCUGAGCCAGCCUGGGCUGCCCGGCACCAAGCUGUAUGGGCCCGAGGGCCUGGAGCUGGUGCGCUUCCCGCCGGCCGACGCCAUCCCCAGCGAGCGACAGAGGCAGGUGACACGGAAGCUGUUCGGGCACCUGGAGCGCGGGGUGCUGCUGCACAGCAGCCGGCAGGGCGUGUUCGUCAAGCGGCUUUGCCAGGGCCGCGUGUUCUGCAGCGGCAAUGCCGUGGUGUGCAAAGGCAGGCCCAACAAGCUGGAGCGUGAUGAGGUGGUCCAGGUCUUCGACACCAGCCAGUUCUUCCGAGAGCUGCAGCAGUUCUAUAACAGCCAGGGCCGGCUUCCUGACGGCAGGGUGGUGCUGUGCUUUGGGGAAGAGUUUCCGGAUAUGGCCCCCUUGCGCUCCAAACUCAUUCUCGUGCAGAUUGAGCAGCUGUAUGUCCGGCAACUGGCAGAAGAGGCUGGGAAGAGCUGUGGAGCCGGCUCUGUGAUGCAGGCCCCCGAGGAGCCGCCGCCAGACCAGGUCUUCCGGAUGUUUCCAGAUGUUUGUGCCUCACACCAGAGAUCGUUUUUCAGAGAAAACCAACAGAUCACCGUCUAAGUGCGUCGCUUGGGCGCCCCACCCCGUCUGCGUCCUGCAUCCAUCUCCCUGUUACAGUGGCCCGCAUCAUGAUUAAAGAAUGUGGAUCCCUCUGUCUGGGGCGGGAUGCCUUACUUUGCACUUAAUUUAGUAAGGGCAUUCUCGGAGGAGUAGACGUUUAAUACGAAGUGGCGGCAUAGCCCUGCCGAGAUGUCGGUGAUGGCCUGGAUGCUGUAACCACAACCUGUGGCUAAAAAUUUUAUUUUCUACACUUUCCCCGUCAUUAUCAUUAGUUGCUAUGAUUCUUUCUGCAUUUUCGGUUAACUAUCAUUUCCAAAGACUUGUCAUUCAGUAAUAUUAGCAGAUAGCUGCUUCGAUAAAGGAAUUUGGAGUUUAAAAAUCAACUUGUGAAAACAAGGUUGUUUUUGUCUUUAUCUUUUGUUAGAGUUAUAGAUUUAUGAUUUCAUAGGCUUGAUUUUAUGUGAAAUACCUUUUUACUUCUAUGCAUUUUAAUAAGAUUUAAAAAUAUUUAGAUUAAAACCCCCUUUAAUGAGUGCAAGAAAAACUCUUGGCUUGUUAGAAGAAAGUAUAUUCUUUCUAGAAUUCGGUGUAGGAAUAUGUGUUCAUAUCCAGGCAAACGGGUGUGUUUUUAUCUUCAGACAGUGAAACCUUCUCCUCUGGGGCUUUGUUGCCAGGAAGAUUAGAACUAAAUUUAUUUUUUUCAUUUCUGUCAUGAAAUCAUUCCAGAUACCUCUUUUCUUCUUUCCAAAUGGUUUUCACAUGUGUUUGAAAUAUUUGUACUUUGAAUUGUCGGAUUUUCCAUGUCCUUCUUUCUCCUUUGUGCCCAGCCUGAGUCAGCACCAUCCCACGUUCAGAACCUCCCAGUGAAAGGGCAGGAAGGGGCCCCACCUGUCAGCCUUCAUUCUGAGAAGGUGGAAGGUGUUAGGGUUUGGGAGACAGCUCAUCCGAUCUCCCAAGUCUCAUGGUGGAUUUGUGACUGUGAGAGUUUCCGGUUUAGAAUCUGAAAAGCCAGAUAUGCCUGUUUCCUUUUCCCAGCACCAUGCCUGUGGAGGGGACAGUCAGACCCAGAGGUCCUUUAGAUGUGGGUGAGUGCACAGGUGAAUAGAGGAGAGGACCAGGGUACGUGGCUUGUCCCUUUUGUCCAACAAAGCAUUAUAUUUUUAAGAAUGGCAGACCUGUUUGCUGAAGUGUUCAUAAGAUAACAAUAGGCUUGAAUCUCCAAUACAAAUGAAUGUCAAAGCACAUAUCUUUAAUAUGCUGAAUGAAUAUUUAUUUUUGUAUCCAUUAAAACAGUGUAUUGAUCUCUUUUAUUCUUUAUUAAAAUAAAAUGCUCUUUUUUAAA